AAUCACCAGUCUUGAGAAGGUCCUGGCCAGGAUCGAGAAAGCAAGCUGAAUCCCUCAUACCUCCAUCAAUUUUUCUGAUCAUUCAUCCUCUCUACUUAACAUCUGUGGGUCUGUCAAAGCCUUAGGCUUAGCUAUUCACUAUGGAAGACCAGGAGAUUGCCACUCAGCAGACAAUACCUGCCGCCGAGUUUGUUGAGGAUGUGGAUGCAUUCAUGAAGAAAGCAAACAAUCCCGCGCCGGAAACAAUUCUGAAGCGACUUGAGGAGAACCUGAACAAGUAUCGGUACCUACAGUCCAACCUCACCCAGAAAAAGAGAAGGUUAAAGGCACAAAUCCCCGAGAUUUCCACGUCUCUGGAGCUGCUGCAACACUUGCAAAAGAAAUCGGAUGACACCACUCCCAUGGAGACUAGAUUCAUGCUGUCAGACCAAGUCUACGCCAAGGCUGAAGUAUUGCCAACGAAAACUGUCGGAGUUUGGCUUGGUGCUAACACUAUGGUUGAGUACUCGCUAGAGGAUGCCCAGGCUCUGCUAGCCAGGAACCUAGCCACAGCACAGAAGAACCUAGCGCAGGUCAAGGAAGACUUGGGCUUCCUCCGCGACCAGUGUACGACGACGGAAGUCAACAUGGCUAGGGUGUACAAUUGGCAUGUAUCCAAGCGUCGCGACCAGCAGCGCAGUUGAGAAAGGCGAUAGCUCUCAUUCAGCUCACUCGCAGUGUGUGCAUUGGCCAACAGCAGGGUCGACCAGCGGUAUAGUAGUGCUAAUGUGGAUACAUGGCACGGAGCCGUCAAGCAAGUGAUGCGUGUGUGUGUGUGUGCGUGUGUGUGUCUGACAUAGUGUGCAUGCACCGGCUUUGAUUCGUGCUGGUGGCACGUGCCUCUUGGCCACUGUUGCUCCAGUUUCGUUUGAGUGUCCAGCAGCGAGUCGUGUGCGGGUCAGUAAUGGCCUACUGAACAAUGCUCCAGCAGUGGUGUUCAUUAUUGCCCGGUUACUGCUACUACUCCUGCUACUCCUGCAUACCACCCCACCGCACACCACAGUAUCAGCCACAGUAUGUUUUUACCAUCGUUGCAAAGCAGUGCAAACUCUAUCUUGAGCUCUAUGUCAAUGGCAAUAGCUACAGACCACUUCUCACACUCAUUAUUUGUUCUUAUUCUCAGAACUUCUAAAUUUCUUUUCAUUGUGAAUUGUGGUCAUCACUGAUGGGUACUUGACGUCGUA